UCAUGUUCAAAUUCAGAAAUCGCAGCUUAAUUGCGUUAAGGAAUGGGAGACUUGAUUUCUGCACUGCUCCUUCCGUUAUUCCCAUAGUUGAAUCCGUCAUUGAAACUCAAAUUCGUCAAACCUCCUUAAAUCUCUUUAAGCGGGUAGAAGAAUCAUCAAAAUUCCAUUUUUUACAACGUCUAAACCCUAAAUUUUAUGUAUCUGCCUUAGUAAACUGUAGAAACCUCACACAAGUCAGACAAGUUCAUGCCCAAGCGAGUGUGCAUGGAAUGCUCCAAAACCUCAUUGUUGCAAACAAACUUGUGUACUUUUAUUCUUAUUAUCGAGCUCUAGAUGAUGCUUACGGCUUGUUUGAUGGCAUGUGUGUGCGAGAUUCAGUUUCCUGGAGUGUAAUGGUUGGUGGGUUUGCCAAGGUUGGAGAUUAUAUGAAUUGCUUUGGCACAUUCAGGGAACUGAUUCGUUGUGGGGCACGGCCCGAUAAUUAUACAUUGCCUUUUGUAAUUAGGGCUUGUAGGGAUUUGAAAAAUCUUCAAAUGGGUAGGUUGAUUCAUCACAUUGUCUAUAAAUUUGGGUUGGAUUUGGAUCAUUUUGUAUGUGCAGCACUCGUGGACAUGUAUGGAAAAUGUAGGGAAAUUGAGGACGCUCGCUUUCUGUUUGAUAAAAUGCUGGAGAGGGAUCUUGUAACUUGGACGGUCAUGAUUGGUGGGUAUGCCGAGUGUGGGAAUGCUAAUGAGUCAUUGGUUUUGUUUGAUAAAAUGAGGGAAGAGGGUGUUGUCCCUGAUAAGGUUGCUAUGGUGACAGUUGUCUUUGCUUGUGCAAAGUUAGGGGCAAUGCAUAAGGCUAGAACAAUUGAUGAUUAUAUACAGAGAAAGAAGUUUCAAUUGGACGUCAUAUUGGGGACGGCAAUGAUUGAUAUGCAUGCUAAGUGUGGGUGUGUUGAGUCUGCAAGAGAAAUCUUUGAUAGGAUGGAAGAAAAGAAUGUUAUAUCCUGGAGUGCAAUGAUUGCAGCUUAUGGGUAUCAUGGACAAGGCAGGAAGGCUCUUGAUUUGUUCCCUAUGAUGCUGAGAAGUGGGAUAUUACCGAAUAAGAUCACCUUGGUUUCAUUGUUAUAUGCUUGUAGUCAUGCAGGUCUGGUUGAAGAGGGCCUUCGAUUUUUCUCCUCGAUGUGGGAAGAUUACUCUGUGAGAGCAGAUGUUAAACACUAUACUUGUGUUGUUGAUCUCUUGGGCCGUGCUGGGAGACUUGAUGAGGCGUUGAAAUUGAUCGAGAGUAUGACUGUUGAGAAGGAUGAGGGGCUAUGGGGUGCUUUUCUAGGGGCAUGCAGGACACAUAAAGACGUAGUGCUAGCAGAAAAGGCAGCUACAUCCCUUCUUGAACUACAGCCCCAGAACCCAGGCCACUACAUACUGCUUUCAAAUAUUUAUGCGAAUGCAGGUAGGUGGGAAGAUGUAGCCAAGAUUAGGGACCUAAUGUCCCAACGGAGAUUGAAAAAAAUUCCUGGUUGGACUUGGAUUGAGGUGGAUAAUAAGAGUCAUCAAUUUAGUGUUGGAGAUACCACCCAUCCAAGGUCAAAGGAGAUAUAUGAGAUGCUAAAGAGUUUGGGUAACAAGCUGGAGUUAGUUGGUUAUGUCCCUGAUACAAAUUUUGUGUUACAUGAUGUGGAUGAGGAACUGAAGAUAGGAAUCUUGUACACACAUAGUGAGAAGUUGGCAAUUGCAUUCGGCCUUAUUGCAACACCUGAGCACACUCCAAUCAGGAUUAUAAAGAAUCUUAGGGUAUGUGGUGACUGCCAUACAUUCUGUAAGUUGGUGUCAGCAAUUACAGGGAGGGUGAUUAUUGUCCGAGAUGCAAAUCGGUUUCACCACUUCAAGGAAGGGGCUUGUUCCUGUGGGGACUAUUGGUAAUUGUCUUAUUCACGCUGAAUAAGACAUGAGAGCUGACCUUAUCCUCUCAUCCACGAUGCCAACUUCUUCUCCCACAUGGAAAUUCGGGUCUUCAUUGGGGGCUGAUCCACUAGUGAUGUUUCAGGUUUUGAAAGCAAGCGUGGCUGAAUUUCCAGCCAUUAAGGGAGGGUGUUUCUCAGACUCUGCUACAAUACUUUGCUGGAUGUGUAACUUGUCUCUGCUGAGCUCGUUUUCCUUCUCAUUGGCUCUCCUGCAGUGGUUUCUGCCGACGUGUGCAAUAAGGUACAUACAUUCCACACUUCAAGUGGGAGAUACAUUUAACUUCCUGAAGGCGCUUCUUCACCAUCAACAGUCAGUGUAAUGCUCCUUCUGCCUAGGCAGUGCAGAUGUGUGAACUGUCAUUUCAUGAAGCUGUUUGGCUACUGGGAUUAGAGAUGAUAUCCCUGGGAAUUCAAAUGAGAAUGCAGUCUACUUAGACCUUCAUAAGGUAGGAUUAUAGAAAGCCUAAGAGAAAGCAGAAGGGGAAGAAAAUAUCAAGUGCCAUGUUUCCCAAUUUUUUUUUCCUCUCUUACUGUAUCUCAUUUUCCUUCAGAAAACUUCAUGAUAAAUCUGUACUAUUCAUUUAUUCAUUCUGUUUUUUUUUUUUUUUUCUUUACUCAAUAUACAAGUAUCAUCCACUUCAUUUUU